CGCUACUGCCUAGCACGUAUUACCACGUAUACACAUAUAUGAGUGGGGAAGGUGUUGUCACCGUCCAGCUCGCACCUCACCACUUCCCCUCACCACUUCCCCUCACCGCAACGCCACCAACAUCUCAGCAAACACAUCCUCAAACGCUACCAUAAUGGUCAAGACGAUUUUCGGAGGAUUUCCCCUCUCAGACCAAGGAUACUUCAAAACCCAAGAAGUGCGCGCUGAGGUCAUUGACAUCCUAAUCAAGAACGGCAUCAAGAACAUUGACACAGCACGCAUAUACCCCGGAUCUCAGGAUGCCAUUGGCAAGCUCGAGAAGCGCAAGCAAUUCACCAUCGAUACCAAGCUGCCUGGCGGCUUCGCUCCCGGCACCGCCACAAAGGAAAAUGUCAUCAAGGACGCCCAAGACUCGCUGGACACCGUGAACAUUGAGCAAUUCGACAUCCUCUACAUCCACGCCCCAGACCCAUCGAUUCCCUUCGAGGAAACCCUCGAGGGAAUUAACGAAGUCUAUAAAAAAGGCAUCUUUCGCCGCUUUGGUCUGAGCAACUUUUCCGCCGAGCAGGUACAGCAAGUCUACGACAUUGCAAAGGCAAAGGGAUACCCUCUGCCAUCUGUCUACCAAGGAAACUACAACCCCGUCGCACGCCACCUCGAGACGCAGCUCUUCCCCCUGCUACGCAAGCUGGGCAUCCACUUUUAUGCCUACUCGCCUCUCGCCGGCGGUUUCUUAACCAAGACACCCGCAGACCUCGACGUCGGCGCAGGCCGCUUCAACAAGGAGACCCUAGGCGGCCUCUACAGCACGCUCUACAACAAGGAACCUAUACGCAAUGCGCUAUCCAAAUGGAACGAUCUCGCCGAAAAGGAAGGCGUCUCCAAAGCCGAGCUUGCAUACCGAUGGGUUGCGUUUCACAGCGCGCUGCAGAGCGAUGACGACGCUGUCGUCUUUGGAGCUAGCAAGCUGCCGCAGGUGGAGCAGACGGCCCAGUGGCUCAAGAAGGGAAAGCUGAGCAGUGAGGCGGUCAAGGGGAUUGAUGAGAUUUGGGAGAGCGUCAAGGAAGUUGCGCCUGUGGAUAAUUACCACAGCAGGGGGUAAAGUGUGACGUUGCAUGAAGCAAUGGGAGAAAAGAAACUCCGAGGCAUGUGGGGAUUUUGCAUGGUCUUGGUGGCGAUAUAACGUUAGCAUCAUAGACGCCAGAAUAGUAAAUGUCAGCAAUAAACUUGU